AUGGCAUCCAACAGUCUGAGAUCGGCAUACAAUACAGUCAGAGACGCUCGACAAGUAUUAGAGGAGAGAGAAGCCGAGGAUCGUCGUGUCCACGAUGAGAUGCGUACCAAGAUGCUAGAGGACGUCGUGACAAAACAGAAUCCUGGACAGCCAGUCGACCAGGUCAUAGCACACCAACUGGCACAGAUGCAACUGACAAACCCGGUGGCAGCCAACUACCUCGGAUACCUGAACCAGAUCCAGCCUAUCCAACCCCAGCAGCAGAUGCAAGUACAACAGUGGCCGUCCAACGCCAACGCUCCGCCCCCGUACUUCAACAACGACUAA